GUGACGCUAUCUCCAGUACUCCAUAUCCUUCUCACAUGGAUGCACCUAUUCAUUUCAAUGUCUAUAUAUAUAGGCAUUAUUCUCACCAAGUUUUGCAGAAUCGUUAUAACCUUACAGUCAUGAAGUGCUAUAGGUUGGCCUGGUGUCUUGUUUUGUUUGCGUUGUUUGUUAACAUUAAUGAAGCAGCCAUGUUGGAUGAAAGGAAUAGAAGCUCCUCAGAUAGUUAUGACUAUGGAGAUGCUAUUAGCAAGGCCAUCUUGUUUUUCGAGGGACAACGCUCUGGGAAGUUACCCUCUUCCCAGAGAAUGAAGUGGAGGGGAGACUCUGCUCUCUCUGAUGGCAAACUCGAAAAUGUGAAUUUGGUGGGAGGAUACUAUGAUGCAGGUGACAAUGUGAAGUUUUUAUGGCCUAUGGCAUUCACAGUGAGCUUAUUGAGUUGGGCUGCUAUUGAGUACCAGAGUGCCAUAGAUUCAGUGAAGCAGCUCAAUUACCUCUAUUCUGCUAUUCGCUGGGGCUCAGACUUCAUACUUCUAGCUCACUCGUCGCCUACUACUCUCUUCACCCAGGUGGGAGACGGAAAUUCGGAUCACCAGUGUUGGGAGCGUCCGGAGGACAUGGACACACCUAGAACACUUUAUAAGGUUGAUGCUAAUUCUCCUGGAACUGAAGUUGCAGCUGAAUCUGCUGCUGCUCUUUCUGCUGCUUCAAUUGUUUUCCGGAAAGCAGAUGCCAAUUACUCGUCAAGGCUCUUAAGCCAAUCAAAAUCACUGUUUGAUUUCGCAGACAAAUACAGAGGUUCUUACUCAAGAUCUUGCCCAUUUUACUGUUCUUACUCAGGUUACCAGGAUGAAUUAUUGUGGGCUGCCUCUUGGCUGUACAAAGCCAGUGGAGAAAGCAAGUACAUGGACUACAUAUCAAGCAACCAAGGUUGGAGUCAGGUGGCGUCUGAGUUCAGUUGGGAUAACAAAUUUGUUGGAGCUCAGACAUUACUAGCACAAGAAUUCUACGGUGAGAAGAAGGACCAGUUGGCCAAGUUUAGGAGUAACUUAGAGUCAUUUAUAUGCUCAGUGAUGCCAGGAAGUAACUCUCAGCAGAUCAGGACCACGCCUGGUGGGCUUAUAUAUGUACGAGACAGCAGUAAUUUCCAAUAUGUGACAAGCUUUACCAUGGUGCUUUUUACAUUCUCCAAUAUCCUCAAAAGCAAUCAUAUUGAUGGCAUCCAGUGUGGCCCCACGCAUUUUACAGCCUCUCAAAUUACAGCCUUUGCAAAGACACAGGUGGACUACAUACUAGGAAACAAUCCGAUGAAUAUGUCGUACAUGGUGGGAUUUGGGAGCAAGUAUCCAAAGCAUAUCCAUCACAGAGGAUCGUCGAUCCCUUCAAUUAAAGAUCAUCCAGCCAAGGUGGGUUGCAAUGAUGGCCAGUCCGAUUACUACUCUUCCACAAAUCCAAAUCCCAACACUCUUGUGGGUGCAAUUGUUGGAGGCCCUGAUUCCAAUGACCAAUUCAAUGAUGUCCGAUCUGACUAUUCUCACUCUGAACCUACCACUUACAUGAAUGCUGCUUUUGUGUCUUCCCUCGCUGCUUUGCUCCCACACGUUAAUUGAUCAAAGCAUAAUGCCACCCAGGCUAGCUUGCUGGCUUAUUCAUUUUUAGUCUAUUACAAUAUCAUCAUCGUCAUCAUCACUGUGAUUAUUUAAUUCCAUACACGUACCAGGCCAUACAUUAUUAGUUUCGUCAGUUGAUACUUGUAAUCACAUCCUUCAUAUAUAUAUAUAUAUAUAUAUGGAAACAUUAAAGUAGUCUCAGUCAGUUACUUUAUUAUAUUAUGAUGAAACGCUAGCUUGUGUUCACCAGAUCAAGCUAAAUUGGUGGUAUAUUGGACUCCAUAUAUUUAUAAUCAAGUGCUU